GGACAUGUCAUAGUAUUUGCUAAACUACUACCUGCAAAAACACUGUCACUGUAAUUAGUUAACAUCAAAUAUAUUGCACUGUAAGUUUAACACAGCUGUAAAAUGUUGCAUACUGGUGCCUUCAUAACUAAUUGCACAAUGUACGGAUGUCUACACUGGAAAAUUGCCAUUUGAAGGAAAUUGCUUUAUGAUUGUUGGUUGCAGUUGCAUGCUGGGUGAUCUUAAAGUCCAGCUGUUAUCUCUUCCUCUGAGAGAUCAGAGUCAGAUAGAAAAGUGUCUCCAGGUUGUGUUCAGAGCUUCGCACUGAUCCGGUGGACGAGGAAUGAAGAAGAUGUUCCACGUGGGGAGCUCAGCCCUCCUCCUGCUGCUGACUCUACAGUUUGCGUCCUGGACUCAAGCAUGUGUGUCUCCUGAGACCAAAUGUGACUUUGUGUGCGACUGUACUCACGACUGCAGCGACGAGUUGGACUGUGGCUACAGAGGAAAAGAGUUUGAAUGUGACUUUGAGGAUGCAGGACGCUGUGGAUGGACCGACGACUCGCUCAGCUCACAGUAUCUCUGGGAGAGACGCCAGAGGGGAAGCUCGCUGCCUGAAAGUGGUCCAUCCUCCGAUUACACCACCGGCACAGCUACAGGUUGGUUCAUGGGGGUGACUUCAGUGAAGUCUGAGUCUCAACAUACUGCAGUUUUAACGUCUCCAGAAAUUAAAGAGUCUUCAGCAACGUGUCGUCUUCGCCUCAGAUAUUUCCUCUGGGACUCAGGUCGCUCUGGUUUUGGUUCUGCACCUUUGUGGGCGUCCAUCCUUCGCCAGGAUUCUCCAGAGAUCGUCGUGUGGCGUCCGGAGGCCUCCAGCGUCCGCGGCUGGAGGGAGGCCAACAUCUUUCUGGGCCGUAAUCCCUCAAGAUUCCAAAUCCGUCUUCAGUCACGUCGCUCUGAAGGACAAAAAGGAGACGUGGCCAUAGACCAGCUGGAGUUUCUAAACUGUGCUCUGCCCCUACCAAAAAGCUGUGCAGAAGGGAUGGUGACGUGCGGCAACGAGGGCUGCGUGGAGCCUCGGCAGGUGUGCGACGGCACCGAUGACUGUGGCGACGGGACGGAUGAGAUGAACUGCGAACUCAAAGGCUACCAGCGCUGCGACUUUGAGGAGGAUUUGUGUAACUGGGACCUGAGGUCACUUUCCCCACUGAAAUGGGUGAGAACCAAUCAGAAGGACAUCUCCGUCUCAGAUCCUAUGCAAGGACCAGGCAGAGAUCACUCCAACAACAGCGCAUCAGGUCACUUCCUGUAUGUCACUGUUCCUGAGCCGGGUCUUACAACCGAUUGGGCUGCUUUCCAAAGUCCUUCUCUUCAACCCACCAACAGUACGCAUCCUUGUAAGAUGGUGAUGUACACGCACCAGUUUGGGCCGAGGUCCGGCGGUUUGACGGUGUUGGUAGCAGAUCGGGAAAUUACCCCAGUUUGGGAAAGGGGCGGAUCUCUUGGUGACGUCUGGGUGAAGGCAGAAGUGGAGAUUGUCACAGACUUGACAUUCCAGAUCCUGAUAAUGGCAGCAGUCAGAGACUUUGCUUACGGUGGUAUCGCUGUCGACAGCAUUGUGUUGUCCCCUGAAUGCCGCAGAUCAACUCUAAAUAAUACUCUGGAGAAAUUCCCUAAACCCCCUAAUGACCCGUGUACGGAACCGGAUAAGAUGUGUGAUUUUCAUGAAGACUGUGCAGCAGCCGAAGACGAAGCCAAAUGUGGGGAUUUCUCUCAGGCUGAGGGCAGCUCAGGCUGGACCGACUCCAGCAUUGGAAGCCAACGUUGGGUUCUGCAUGAAAACUCCACACACAAAGAUGACGAGUACCUGUAUGUGGUCGAAGCUCCGGGUCAGCAGCUGACCGCUGCCCAGACUCGGACUCCCCUCCUCGGACCCUCUGGUCCAGCCUGUAGCCUCAGCUUCGAUUUCGCACUAACUGGGAAUCCCGCUCAUAUUGGUGACCUGUCUGUCAAAGUGAUCGACAGCCUGCUGGGUGAAAGGCCUGCACUCUGGGAGUUCAGUGGGAAGACUGGGACAGAUGAGGAAUCCUGGCAACACGCAGAAAUACUGGUUGGAAUCAGAAAGCAUCGCUUCCAGCUGGCAUUUGAAGCUCACGCUAGAAAACUUUGUCCCUGUGCCAAGAUGAUUAAAGUGAGAAACGUUCACUUCACCGGCUGUCACGUCAGCUACCUUCCAUUCUCUCCCACAGGGCUGUCGUGUAACUUUGAAGAUGGAAUGUGUGGAUGGAUGCAGGACAACAGCGACAGCUUUGACUGGACGAUGUUCAGUGGGAUGGACCACACCAUCAAAGUUGGCACCAGCCUUGUUGUGGACAUGUGGAGUCCUUCACUACGUGGCGCAGUAGGACGCUUAAUUUCCUUCCCAUAUCCAGCCGGUUCCACAGAUUACUGCCUGUCCUUCUUCUACAAACUCUACGGACCCAACACAGGUGUUCUGAACGUGAAGCUGAUGCAUAAUGGCGGUUCUGAAACCCUCCUCUGGACUCGCAGCGGAGCUCAUGGCAACACGUGGCACGAAGCUCACUGCUCUGUACCGCACCAGCUCACAGACUUUCAGCUGGUCUUUGAGGCGAUUCGCUCUGGCUUUGACGGCCGGCUGGCCAUCGAUGACGUGGUGUUCUUGGAGGGCUCGUGCACCGUACCGAGGAUAUGUUCCUUCGAGGGCCAGCAGUGUGGAUACGAGAGCUCCGGUCAAGUUCGUUGGCUCCAUCACAGUGGAUUCACCAGCACCAACGGACCCAAAUCUGACCACACUCUGGAGACCCCACUGGGUUUCUACAUGAUGGUGAACAGCGGAGCGACCGUCCUUCCCUCCGGUGGAACCACAGUCCUCACAUCAUCUGUCCGUCAAGGAACCACCAAGACCGAGUGCGUUAGCUUCUGGUAUCACAUGGGAGGAGAGGAUCCUGGUUCUCUGUCGGUAUUUAUGAAGCCAGUGAAAGGAGACCGGGUGAAGAUCUUCUCCAACAGUCUGGAUCAAGGAGAUGUCUGGCGCCAUGGCAACGGCAACAUCUCCAGUGGCCUUGUGGACUGGCAGCUGGAGUUCGAGGUGGUCGGAGCCGGAGGCAAAGACACUCACGUUGCAAUCGAUGACAUCCUUUUGUCAACUCACCCAUGUGAAGAUCGAGGUUCCAGGUGCAGCCUGGAAACUGGGGUGUGCAGCUGGAGCAACACUCAGAACGUGGAUAUGGACGAACUGGACUGGGAGCUGACGAGCCCGGAGGCCGAGCAACAUUAUUCCAUCCCAGUGGAAGACCACACUCUGGGCACAGAGAAAGGUCACUUCCUGUUUCUUCCAAGCAGCAAUCGGACGGAAGCCAAUGAGAAGGCUCGGCUGCUGAGCCCUCACCUGCCCCCGACCAAAGGCACCUGUCUGAAGUUCUGGGCCUACAAACCCCUCUCAUCGGACAACAAGCUGAACCUGUGGAGGCUGUCUGAGGGCCGCCUCCAUCAGCUGGUGCUGGAAGAUGAACUGGGCGGAUCAUGGACACGCUUUGAUGUCGACAUCACGUCUGACGAGGAAUACCAGAUCGUGUUUGAAGGAGUCAAAGGGACGUCCGGCGUUGUGGCUCUGGACGACAUCGAGUACACCAUCGGCAUCGACUGCUCUAAAAAAGUCACAGAUGUGCAGACUUCCGGUAAGUCGAGCAACACCGGAGGCAUCGCGGCGUCUGUCAUCGUGGUUCUGCUGCUCAUCGCCACCCUGAUCGCUCUGCUGGUUUACUACCUGAGAACCAAGAACAGAGCUCAGGCCACGUCCGGCCCGUCGUCCUCCUCGGCUGGAGGCGGUUUCAGCAAUGACACAUACGAAUCACAGGACCGUGUGGCGUUUCCACAAACACAGAACCAUCCAGUGGCAGCCGGAUUCAAUGACAUCCCUGACUACGCUGAGGUCACAGAGAUGGCGUGAGACAGACGGGGAACUUGUGGCGCCACAUAAACGUGGUUUUGUGAAAUUAAGGUGAUAUCACAGCAGAAGAACUGCUUGUGUCACCCUCAUAUGAACACACACACACACACACACACACACACACACACACUAAAUACAAGCACAACCCACACAGUGACACACGGAUGAAGGCCUCAGAUCUGGUGGAAACCUUCGAGGGUCGCAGCUCGCUGCGUCUGGACAGAAGUCAGAAGGACAAAUGUGUUGCGGAUGGAAAUUAGAUUAAAUCAGCGGCGAGGACAACGUCAGUGGCACAAACGGCUACUUUAGGCAGAUUUAGGGUCUGUAAGAAAGUUCCAACAGCUUCAGGUCAAGUGCAACUAGUUUAAAGAGAACUCAGCAGGUUGGAGUCCUUUUUUAUAGCUUAAAGGGGCAUUCCGCCUAUUGUACACGUCUAAAUAAGCUCAAGGACUCCACGUUUACAACAGAAAAACGUUUGAAAGGAGUUUACAGAACGUCUGCACGUCUGAUCUGUUGCUCAGAAAGUUGUGAAAUGCCCCUUUAAAGAGAAAGUAGGUGGAUAAGAACGACUGUGAACAGAUGUAAAAGGACGCUGAUGUGUAACGCUACUGUUUGGUACAGAUUGUAGGACGGAUGUAUUCUUUUGGAUGUCUUGGAGGUUUAACUUCACUCUAAUUUAAAAUAAGCUGUAAUCGGGCUCUGAUGAUAAAUGAAAUAAAGCCGAGCAUUGAAA